AUGCCAGAUCAAGAAUACUCUCUCCAAUCAUAUGGGCAGCCUCAGCCUGCGUAUGGACAACCUCAGUCUGGGCAACAACUUCAAUAUGGGCAGCAACCUCAAUAUAUGCAACAACCUCAAUAUGGACAACCAACUAGGAUUGUGAUAACUCAAAAUUCUCAAUAUACAGGAAUGACAAACAUGGAGCGAGAUGAAAGAGCCUCAGCAUUCUUAAGAAAUAGGAGAUGCAAGUUCAGAUUAUUUUCUUUAGCAGCUGUUGGGAGUUUGAUUAUAUUCUUUGUAAUCGUAUUUUUACUUAUCCUUUAAUAAGCAUUUUUUGCAUGAUGAUGCCCUUUCACUUAUCUGCUAAAAUAUGUUUAUUAUUUGUUAAUGAUGGGAGGUAUUUUUAAGAAUUUUUGUAAACUUUGUUAAAAUUUCCAUUAAAUUAAUACUCAACUAUAA